AUGACAUUUUGUCAUUCUUUUCGGAAAUAUUGCAUUGGUGUUGCCUUGUGUAGUGUUAUCACUAUACCAAUCAAUGCAUGGCUUCAUCCAAUUAUCACAAAAGGUAAUAAAUUUUUUGAUUCAAUAACUCGACUCGAGUUUCGCAUCAAGGGAAUUGCGUACUAUCCUCGACCAAAUCGUGGGGAAUUGGCAAAUGUUGGUAAUUAUGACUGGGCAAGUGAUGAACAUGAAAAAGUAUGGAAAGCACACAUUCAAGUGAUGAAGUCUCUUGGAGUAAAUACGAUUCGUCUUUAUUCAAUUGAUCCAAGCGUAUCACACGAUAAAUUUAUGUGUGCAUGUUCUGAAGCGGGAAUUUAUGUACUAAUUGGUCUUAGUGCUCCAUGUGAACAUUGUUCCGUUCAAGACCACGUUCCACCAACAUGUUAUCCAAACGAGUUGUUUACACGAGGACAAAUGGUGUACAAUUCCUUUGCAGUAUACGAUAAUACACUUGGUUUUAGUGUUGGGAAUGAAAAUAAUUUGCAAGUUGAAAAUGGAGCUGAUGGAACGACAACAGCACCAUGUGUCAAAGCUUUUCUUCGUGAUAUGCGAAGUUAUGCAGCAAGUUGUGCAGGAUCUGUACGACAAGUGCCAAUAGGUUUAGAUAUUGCUGAUAUCCCACCACGUUGGCAAUGGAUUUCGUAUUAUGAUUGUGCUGUGGACGAUGACGAGAAUACUCGUGCUGAAUGGAUGGGAUUUAAUCCUUAUGUGGAAUGUGAUCCUGCAAAAAACACCAAAUAUUCCCAAUCAAGUGGAUUGCAGACACUCAUGGGCGAGUAUGCCGAGGUGAAAUAUGCCCGACCUUUGAUGUUUGGUGAAUUUGGGUGCAACAAGGGAAAAAACACAAUUGAUGGCUAUAAAAACCAGCGCGAAUUUUACGAUGCAAAAUGGAUGAAUGAAGAGAAGGAGAUGACGAGUGAAAUUGUAGGUGGCAACGUAUUUGAAUUUUCGACUGAAGUUGCCAAUUUAGUCGAUAAGUCUGCUCUGGUCAAACCUGCAGAUCCAGGGAAAUACGGUGUAGGGUAUUUUCAACCGAAUGAUUGCGAUCACGACACGAUUCCAUGUAAAUUUACACCAUAUCCCGAAUUUAAUAAGCUUCAAGAGGCAUAUACCACCACAGUCAACUCGACUCUGAUGUACGACAAUUAUACUCCAAGUCGUACAAAGAUUCUGUCUUGUCCGAAAUCGAUGUCGAUUAUUCUUCCACCUACUCCUGAUGUAACUAUUCUCGAGUGUACAAUCUUGCAACCUGAGUGCAAUGGCCGUCUUGCCAAUGCAUACGAGCGUACAGAUUCGAGUACAUCAGUUGGUGACAAACUUCCACCUUCUAACGGUUAUGGUGCUUCGGCACAAACUUCGUCCGGUAGUGGUAACUUUAUGUCUUCUGCCACAAGAACAGUAAUCUCAAGCUUUGCACUUGUCGCUGUUUCAGUAGCACUAAUUGUACUUGUCACCAUAUGA